AUGGUCGCUUUGCUAGCGGCCUCAAAUUCAUCGGCUACGCAAUUAUCUGACUCUAAUCCAUCGGCUACAAAGUCGUCUACCGUAUUGCCUGAUGAAGACCCAGAGAGCCCAAGCGAGAAAGAAGGCGAACUUCUUUUGGAGCAUUUUGCCACGAAAAUGGUGCAUUUAUUCCCAUUUGUCGUGAUUCCAACCAGUGUCACAGCAGAGCAAUUACGCCAAGAAAAACCAUUUCUCUUCCUUAAUCUCGCAAUGGUCGCGUGCCAGAGUGCAUCGCGUCAACGAGAGCUCUCCAAGACCGUCAAGGAAUAUGUAGCCGAGCAUAUUGUUUUACGGAGUGAGCGGAGUCUCGAUCUUUUACAAGGUCUCCUUGUUUUCUUAGCAUGGUUCAUAGGACAUUCGCCUGCUCCUGGACAGACUGGAGAAGUACUACCAGGAUUGACCCCACAGCAGGCUACUCAAGGCCCCGCACAACUAGAUGCCUUUAUGCAAUUAGCUCUGGGUCAGCUAGUAAGCUUACAUCUAGCUGUGGGGUUAAGCUCCCCGAAUAGAUUGACCAAGCCAAUCGGCUAUGUAAGGAAACUGGAUGCCUUGGUUGACUCGAAGCCUUUACGCACGCUAGAAGAGCGACGCGCCUAUUUAGGAUGCUACUAUUUGACUGUUAUGUACGGGCGCCGAUCAUACAUUCUUCUUGAGAAGCGAGCAAAACGUUGA